AUGUCGUUAAGAAUGUUAAAUUUAUUUCCAAGUGGAUUUCUUAGUAAGACUAUUGGGUACGAAGCUAUAAAAGAUUUAUAUCCAGUAAAAAGAUGGGACUCAAAUUUCAAAUACUGUCUCCGCGUAGUCGUCACUAAUGGCUCUUAUUUAUUACAGACUACCAAUCAGUAUUUGAGAGAUCAAAUUCUUUACUCAAUUCUAUGGAAGAAAAACGUUCAGGAAACCCAAACACUUUUGAAAAGUCAAUCCGAUCCAGACGAUAUGUUAAAAGAAUUGCAGAAUAUAGUGGAUUUUGCCAAAAACAUUCCAUUGGUCGAUGAUGAAAUAUUUCAUAUGCCAACUUUUAUUGCGAGUACGCUAAUGACAAGAGACCAGGAAAAAUACUGCAAACAAUCAUGGGAAAAGGCACUGAUCGGUACGUUGCGCCCGUUGAUUGAAGACUGUCCCCCGUCCGCCGAAAUGUGUUCGUUUUUAUCGCAUCAUUGCAAAGACCAAAGUAGCCUACCUAUCAUUAAAGAUUCCUUAGUUUACACCAUAACAAGAAUACUCAAACAUAAUUUUGACUUUGCGAGAACACUGACGGCUCGCACAUUAGUACAAGAUUAUAUCAAGGCUCUUUACAUCCAGGACCGAAGCGGCGAGUCAAUUAGAUAUUUUCUAUCGAGAGUCCACAGUGCCAGCGCUGUGUGCCCUCAUAACAGGGUACUGCCGAACAUGGUGUCCACCUGUAUUACUGCCAUAUACUCCGCAUCAGAGGAGUUGCCGGCUAACUGUUCGGAAGCCGAAUUCGAUUGCUAUUACACCAAUCACCUGAGAUGCUACAUUGUUGUUCUUCAAAACAUAUCAGAAUACAGCGAUUGGCUGUACGGACUUGCUCAACUGUUGCGUCCGCUGCCGUUUCCCGCGUUGCUGUUAAUUCGUUCAAUUUUUAUGGAGGACAUUUCCUCUGUGAUAUUAAAAAUAGGACUGCAUGAAGAUUGUGAAAUUCAUAAGCAGGUGUUAGCUGUCCGCGAGACAAAAGACGGCUGGUUCGAUUUGUGUUCGCCGAUCGAAGCUGUGUUCUGCGGAAGUUCAAUAGUCUGGACUCAAUUGCUUAAAACAUUGAUGGCUUGCGAGCGGUGCAAAAAAAAGAAACUGUUGAAAAACUUGAAAGCAAAGCAUUUGGGAACGUGCGUUUCGGAAGCAUUAAAAAACAACAAAAUCGUGAUGGAUGUUUUGUGUUUAAUGCUCGAGUGGAUGGUCGUGGAAGACUUGCAUCAAAGAAAUCAGAUUGUUGAUACACUUAAAUCCACGGAAUUCGGUAGAAAUGUAUACGAUGAGUUUAUGUCGAGGCAGAAUCAACUACUCGAAUUGCAACGAAAAGGAGGUCCACAGAAUUUAUCAUUACCGGCCCGAGGCACUGACUUGGACCUGAAUUCCAUGUUUGAUUGUGGCCCAUUCGGUAAUUUAGAGUCCGUCGACUUGGCUUUUACCAACGUUACAGAUACUUGUGCCAAUACGCUGAUUAAGUUACCAUCUUUAAAAGUUCUUAACUUGUGGGGUACUCAGUUCGGUGAUUCCGGGUUAUUAAUCAUAUCGGAUCAUCUAACCAACUUGCAAGUUUUGAAUUUGUGUGAGACCAAAGUCACCGACAGGGGAAUCGUAUCGCUCAUAAGUCUCAUCAAUUUGAAAAAACUCAAUUUAAAUAGCACUAAAGCAACGGUUCGAUCCGUGGACGUAUUGAAAAAAAAACUACCAGGUUUACACGAAGUAGACGUCAGAUACUCAUUUGCCUGGUAA